AUGAUAGAGGACUUCAGGAAACAUCAUGGAGGUCAGCACUCCACCAUCAACAUAAACAACGCUGAGGUGGAGCAGGGUCCAGGACUCCACAAACCCCCUCCCUCCAAACUGCAGCGUCUCUGCCGUCGUGGGCCAGCUCCACUGAAGUCUUUGAGGGAGGUUCUGUGUGUUUCUGGUCUGGACCUGCAGAGACUCGCUGGUCUGUCCCAGUCUGAGGUCCAGGAUGUGCUUGUUGCCGCAGCCUCUGUCUGCAGAAGACGUCGUCCAAUCACAGCCCUGCAACUGCAGCAGGCUGACCCUCGUGGAUUCGAGUCUGGCCUCAGGCUCAGUGUUGGCUGUCCAGUUCUGGACCAGCUGCUCAGGGGGGGUCUGCCUGCAGUGGGCGUAACCGAGCUGUCCGGACAGAGCGGGGGCGGAAAGACCCAACUGGGCCUGCAGCUGAGCCUGACAGUGCAGUAUCCCCGAGAGCACGGAGGUCUGAGCUCAGGAGCGCUGUAUAUCUGCACUGAGGACCCGUUUCCCAUCAAGCGUCUACAGCAGCUGAUCUCAGAACAGCCGGCGCUGCGCUCUGAUGUCCCUCCAUCUUUGAUCAGCAGGAUUCGGUUCAGUGACCAGGUCUAUAUCGAGCACACAGCUGAUCUGGAGUCCCUGCAGGUUUGUUUGUCCUGCCGUGCCCCCAUCCUGCUGGCUCAGGGUCUGGUCCGGAUCAUCGUGAUUGACUCGGUGGCAGCUCUGUUCAGGUGUGAGUUUCAGGCAGAUAAUUGGCUAGAGAGGAACAAACAGCUGCUCACCUUCUCUUCCAACCUUCAUCGCCUGAGCAUCGAAUUCAACACACCUGUCCUCUGCAUCAACCAGAGACCUGAUCCUCCAGACCAUGAUCCCAUAGCCCGCUGGGCCGACCCGGCCCACAGCAACCUGGUCCAGAGUGACCCGGCUUAG